AUGGGCCAGAUUAGGAAGGGCGGUACGAGGGUGAGACUUGGCAUUGAUGUUUUGGAACAUCAAAGAUGGACAGGGUUUUCGCGGAGGUCGCUUCUCAGAUAUCUCCACAACUACAGAUCAGGGAUCUUCCAAAAUCAAGAAGAUUGGUGCAUAUGGCUAGGUCUCUUCACCUUACAAUUUGUAUGGCAAUUUGGCCCGGGGUUGUGGUGUGGUAGGGGAGAAUGGGGGAUAAUCCCACGCAGGAGUUCCGAACAACGUCUGGUUCACAUUUGGCUGGAUAACUCCACCACCACACGGGGUAUGCGGUCGGCGAUGGGGUCAAAAUGCUCGUAUGAUCGAGGGCUUUUCGAUGGAUCUAUCGGCGGGUUCUUAUUCGAAAAAUCGAGCGAGUUCGUGGUGAAGCGGUUCGUUGACUUGAUUAAUGAUGAUGAUAAUAAUGAUAAUAAUGAUGAUGAUAAUAAUGAUAAUAAUGAUGAUGGUGAUAGUGAUGAUGAUGAUGAUGAUAAUGAUAAUAGUGAUGAUGAUGAUGAUGAUGAUGAUGAUGAAAGAGAGAAGUCUCUCUGUGAGAUCUGUUUCUAUCAGAAGUUUGAAGAUCUUAUAUUUCUCAAGAUCAUCUUCACACAUCUUAUCUGUGAAAUUGAUGAGAAGAAUCAUUGA